GGUGUCGAGUGUGUUAACUCCAAAAUUUUCCAGCAGAUAUUGCAGUCAACCAGGGGGAAAUGGUAAGGGGAAAAAAUUAGUGUCCAAGUAUUAACAAUACGAUUGUACUUGAAAACUCGAGACCAGCAACAUCUUUGACUGGACACUUAUGAGGUUAAACCUGGUCAGAGCAACAUAGAAGUGCGAAACGAGGAGUUUCCGUAGCCAUCGUCGUUGCGGACUUUACUGUUUCCUCUCGAGAGUACAUCCGACUCGUUAAAACCGAGUCGACGUCAGCAACCGUAGAGUAUGUCCGUGAAUUUCGUCGAGCAUAAGAUUAGGCACUACCAGAGGAGUGUCGAAAGAUCGCUCCAUGACUCGGCUAGGCUGUUGUACUGUAUUGGGCAGUUAUCUAGGUUACCAGUAACAGUAUUGCAUUUAGAGGUAACUGGAGUUGGACGCACUGUCAACUCUUUACGUAAAAUAGAGUAUGGUGUGGGCGAUGCCGCUAGACUUUUGGUUGCCAAAUGGAAGGAGAUGGUGUCAAAGUCAAGCAAUGAAGAGGAUGAUGAAGCUUGUGUGCCAGAUGUUCCGGAAAGCUACGAAUCACCAGACAAUGAUAGCGAACCGGAAAACGCCGCUACACAAGAUACAUGUGAUUACGUUAAAAACGAGCCAGAACAAUUGAUAGCACUCUCACCACCUGGUAAACUUGAAAUAAACGAUGAAUCGUUUGAUUACUUAAAAAACGAUACUCUAGCUUCGAUCUCUGAUGAAAAGGAAGAUAUUAAGGAUAAACAUAAGAACAAAUCGUCGAGUCAUAGUUCAAAGCAUAUUUCAAAGAACUCAUCAAACAAAGACAAGAAAUCAAAUCACAAAGAUAAAAAUGGCAGCAAUUCUGAAUUUAGGAGUAAGCAGGAAUCCUCGAGAGUUUCUAAAGAGUCAGAACAAAGUACAAAUAAAAACAAAAUUAAAAAUGAAAGUGAAUCGGGUUCAUCUCCAUCUACAUCUUCAAUAAAGGAUAAGAAAUGUUUAGAAAAUAAAAAAAGGAAAAACUAUUCGAAUCAUGAAGAUGACGAUGGUAACCGAAAGAGGCUGAAAGAAUCGAGCAGUGAAGAGGAAGAAGAGAGCGAUAAGAAUAAUCUUAUGAUAUACGAUCAGGAGUCAGAACAGGAAAACGAAAAUGUAGAAGAGGUUGAUGAAGAAGACGACGAGGAGAAAACUACAUCUUUUUACAAAGAAUCGCGAAAGGAAUCUAGUCGGAAAGGCACGAGCAGCCACGGUGAUAAAUCAAAAUCGAAGGAUAAACAUCACAGCAGUUCCAGUCAUAGAUCCAAAUCAAAAGAGUCCAGCGAUAAAUCAAAGAGGGACGAAAAACGUUCGAGCUCCAAAUCGCACGAGCGCGAAAAAGAUGAGAAAAACGGCAAAGAAUCGUCCAAAUCGAAAAAAUCUCUUAGUUCCUCUAGCAGUAAGGAUUAUUCUAAGAAUAAAGAUAAAGACAAAAGUAAAAGUAAACACAGCAAAGACAAAGAAUCUAGUGGCAAGGAUCGAAAGAGUGAGAAAGAAAAGAGCAUUGAAAAAGUCAGUAAAGAUGAUAAGGUCAAAUCAGGAGAUAAUAAGGAACGCAAAGAAAUUAAGGAAUUGAAGGAACGCAAGACUCGACUCAAAGAUAACAAGGAACACAAGAAACCAAAAGAGUCUGAGGAGAAACAGGAGCAAAAGAAGGAAAAAAGGAUUUCUGUGGAAGAUGAGGAUGGGAUCGAUUGCAAUUCAGGUACCAGUUUUGGUGAUGCUCUAGGCAUGUGUCCAAUGCCUCCAAAGUCAAAGAAAAGAAAGGAAAUUCCCAGUCCCUCUCCCAGUUUACAGAAGCCUUCAAAAAUAGAAUCAAGCUCGAGUUCGCACGGGUCUACUGCCUCUUCUUCGAAAAAUAAAUCAUCUUCAUCGAGUAAAACAAAACCAGAGCCUCCACACAGUCCAGAGUCUCUCCCUCUUUUAUCGUCCAAUGUUACAUUAGAGCCGCUAAGUAAAUUCAAAGAGGAUAUUGAUUUGGCAUCCACCUUACCAGAACCCAGCCCACAUUACCGACCGUUACCUCAAGUCAAUCACAUGCAACGAAUGUUGGAUGAAGACCAAGUGUUGGCUCAAGUAAUAUACGCUAAAAAUCAAAGGACAAAAGUUUUCUCUGGUAACAAAACUGGUUACACCACUGUGCCAACUCUGCAUGAGAUGUGUAUUCGCGUUCUCAUAGAAAAUAUAGAUGCUCUCGAGGUCACUGGUGGUGUUCCUUAUUAUAUAAUAAAACCUAUACUUGAACGAGCAUCGCCAGAACAACUUUUCAUGCUCGAACAUCACAAUCCAUAUUUGACGGAAGACACGGAUUCGCUGUGGCAAUUCCACUGUGGUAAAGAUUUUAGAACUAAAAAAAGAGAAGAAAUGGAAACAUGGAGAGAGAUGUAUCUCAGAUGUUUGGACGAGCGAGAGGCUAAACUGAAAGCUCUAACUGCCAACAUAAAACAGUCUAUCGACAAUUCGGCUCCUGUCAGAUCAACAAAGCUUGCCUAUAUUGAUCACAUGGUCAAACCUCCGCGAAACGUAUUGCGCCAGCAAGCACGGUAUGGCACUGCUAACACGAUGUCUAAGAGUUCCGAUCUCAAGAAGAAGCUGAUUAUUGCUGCUGCGUCCAGUUUGGGUGUCAGUAGUUGUAGUAGCAGCAUCGGCAGCAUCAGUAGCAGUGGUAGCAGCAGCAGCUCGGUCGAAAGAAUUUCCGUGUCAGCACCGCCACCCGUUCGAGUCAGGCAUGUUGCAGCACCCAUUAAAAAAGUAAAGGCGCCGUUGAUGGCCAAGGCUCUGCAAGCGAUAAAAGGUCGUUACAAACGAUAGUGAUGAAUUUAACUGGCCUCAGGAACAAAUGGAAAUUAAUAAUGCUGGCUUAACGGAAGCCAGUCUAUUUAUAUAUGUAUUUUUUAUUACUUAUUGUAAUAAUUUAUUGUUGAUAGAAACAGAAUCGCGAAAAAAAAAAAAUAUUUGUCAAAUAUUGUUCAUGACUAGACAUGUAGUGUAGAAUACAUGCAAAGAAUAUCGUAACUGUUUUUCUUUUACUUUUGUUUGUAAUUGAGAGUGUUUUUCAUGAUUAUUUUAUGCAGAGUGAUUUUUGAAUCUCCCUGUUCUCAUGUAUAACAUCUCUGAAAGAACAAUUUUACUUUUUGUUUUGAAAAUUUGAGUUUUGAUAGAAGUUGUGCAUCUAUUAAUAUUCCUCCACUGCAAUGAUUUUUUUUUUAAUUUUGACAAAAAGUAACAGGUUACACACAUGUUUAAUAAACCAAAAUUGUUUUAAAAUAUCAGAA